CCGGAUACAUCAAUCUCAACUUCUGUUCAAGUAAAUUCAACAACACCUUCAACUGUUGUACCAAAAGUUGCAACACUGACCUCUGUUCCAGCAGCCUCAACAACACCAUCAGCUGUUAUGCCUAACAUAACAACGUCAACAUCUGGUCCAGAUGACGCAACUACAUCACCACCUGUUUUGCCACGAACAACAACACCAAUACCUCUACCAAUUAAUUCAACAACAAUUUCGGCUAUUGUGCCUAGAAAGAACAAUAUCCACAUCUGCUACAGUGGGUUUAACAACAUCAACUGUUGUGCCAGAAAUAAACAAACCAACAUCUUCUCCUGUUGAUUCGACAACACCAUCACCUGUUGUGCAAGAAAGUACAUCACAAACAUCUGCCCCAGUAGAUUCAGCAACACCAUCACUUGACCCGACAACUUCAGUAACAACAACAACCUACAUUAUUUCUGAUUCAAAAACACAAUCACCUGCCGUGCCGGAUACAUCAAUCUCAACUUCUGUUCAAGUAAAUUCAACAACACCUUCAACUGUUGUACCAAAAGUUGCAACACUGACCUCUGUUCCAGCAGCCUCAACAACACCAUCAGCUGUUAUGCCUAACAUAACAACGUCAACAUCUGGUUCAGAUGACGCAACUACAUCACCACCUGUUUUGCCAGGAACAACAACACCAAUACCUCUACCAAUUAAUUCAACAACAAUUUCGGCUAUUGUGCCUGGUUCAACAACGUCAACAAAUAAUCCUUCUGUCAAGCAACAAACAACAAGACAAACAUCCAAUUCAACAUCACCAUUAGCUGUGGCUUCAGGAACAAUGACCCCAUCAUUUACACAACCAGAUUCGACAACUCCUUCAACAACAACUCUAACAUCCCUUUCUGUAAAUUCAACAAUACCGAUGAACGUUUCAAAAAUCAAAACACAAACAUCUGUUCCAUCAAAUUCAACUUCACCAUCACCUGCAGUGCCAGAAACAACAGCAUCACCAAUCCCAGUUGUUUCAACAACAUCAUCCGCCAUGAUGACAGGUACAAUAACACCAAAGUCUGUUCCAGCUGACUCAACAACGCCAUCAGCUGCGGUGUCAGAAACAAAAACGUCGACACAUAUUCCAUCAAAUUCAACUACUCCAUCACCUUUAGUUACACAAAAAACCACACCAAUAUCCGUUCCAGUUGAUUCAAAAACAACAUCUCUUGCUGUUUUAAAAAUAACAACACCGUCAGCUGUGGUGACAGAAACAACGACAGGAUCAUCUUUUCCAGUUGAGUCAUCAACAAAGUCACCUGUUACUUCAGAAACAACAACACCAAUAUCUGCUCUAGUUGAUUCAUCGGCACAAUUAUCAGUUUUUUCAGAAAUAACCACACAAACAUCUGUUUUAUUGGAUUCAUCACCAACAUCAUCUUUUCUGUCAAAAACAACAACUUUAGUGGCUGUUCCAUCAGAUUCAAUGACAUCAUCACCUGUUGUGCUACAAAAAACAAUGCUACCAUCUGCCCCAUCCCGUUCAAUGACAUCAUCAGUUAUUGUGCCAAAAAUGGCAACACCAAUAUCUGUUCCAGAAGAUUCAACAGCAUCAACUAAUCUGCUAGCCACAGCAACACCAACGUUUGCCUCAUCAAAACAAACAUCUGUUCCGUCAGGUUCAGUAACAUCCUCGGCUGUUGUUCCAAAUUCAACAAUAUCAAAACCAGUUCCAUUAGAUUCAACAACUCCAUCAGCUGUGGUGCCAGAAACAUCAAUGACAGUAACUUUUCUUCCGGAGUCAAAAGCAAAAUCAACUGUUGUGCCAGAGACAACGACAUUAAUAUCUACUACAUCAAGUUCAACAACAACAUCACUGGUUGUGCCAGAAACAACUGCAAUGUCUGCUCAAGUGGAUUCAACAGCCUCACCAACUGUUAUGAUAAAUGCGACAUCAAUAACACCUCUUCUGUCGGACUCAGUCACAUCGAUAUCAUCGUCUGUCGUUUCAGAAACAACAACAACAAUAACAACAUCAACAUCUCCUCCAUCGGAUUCCAUGACAACUCCGCUUGAUUUGCCUAAAAUAUCAACGCCAACAUCUUUUCCAGUUGAUUCAACGACACCAUCAGUCGGUGUAUCAUCAACAGUAUUACUAACAUCUGUUUCAUCAGAUUCAAGAGCACGAACGACACCAGCUCCUCUGCCAUCAGAUUCAAGAACACCAACCACUGUUGUGCCAGAAAAAACAACACAAGCAUUUGCUGCAUCAAGUUCAACAAAACCAUCAGCUGCUACACCAAGUAUUUCGAUUGCUGUAUCAGAUUCAACAACGCAAUCGGCUGUUUCACGUGUCUCAGCAACAUCAACAGCAACCGCACCAGAUAACACAACGCCAACAACUGCUGCGUUAAAUACAGCAACAAGAUCAGCUGGAGCAUCAAGUAGUGUUCUCAAAGCCACCCCGUCUUCUCGAGGCCUUAUGGCUUUUCGAUGAUGGUGUUGGCCAUCACUUUUUGAUGUUUUUUUAAAAGGAAGCGUUAUCUUUUUUGUCAUCUUUAGGUUAAGUUCUGUUAAAAUGUUUUUUUUAAUGUUUAGUGGCAGAGUCUGAAAACGUAAUUAGCUUUAACAUCGAACAGGCGUGUGAAUAGCUAUGGAGACAGUUUUAAUGUUUUUAAGCUGAAUU